AUGUGUUUGGAAAGAACCCGAACCCAUCUCACCGGGUCUGGUCGAAGAGGCUUCGAACGGGAAAUGGACGGCAAAUGCAAAGAGGAUACCAAUCAGAAGAUGGGUUUCGCAUAUCACACACUCCACUCGUGUGUACUCAACAUUAUAGACAACGAUCCGACUAAAGCCUGCAAAGAAAAGGACAGAGAAGUGGCCAAACAAUAUCUCCAAAACUUCGUAAACAGAAUCUCGUGGGAAGACUGUAGAAGACUUUCUCAUCUA